AAUGACAUAUUUCCCCGCCCGCAACUUUAAACAUUAGCAAGUGAGCUCACGAGGGAUACAGCUCUCUGGAGAAGAUGCUCAAAAAGAAGUCAAGUAGCGCUGAGAAGAAGAGGAAACACUCGCAGUCUGAAGAACGACAUGAGAGCAGUAAACGCAGAAGUACUGAGCCCAUUGCGGAGCACGAGUCCAAGGAUGAACUCGCUGACGCCGAACUGGACAGGAUUGGCAGUGACAUUGAGGACGGCGGACUUGACCUCAGCCUGCCAUUCCAGCCCAUCACUGCUUAUGUCGGUGACAAGCGGGAGAUGCUGGAGCAGUGUUUCCGUGUGCUGGGGGACAAGAAGCUCAAGAAAAUGCUGCCUGAUGAACUCAAGGACUGUAGUUUAGAGGAAAUCAAAACGCUGUGCUGGAAACAACUGGAACCGAUCACAGAGAAAAAUCUCAUUCAGAUCUUAGCAGGGGAAGAUCUGACAUCUGGAAAUGGCGACAAAAACACAGAGGAGACCUUGGAAAUCCAGCAAGACAAUAAUGUGGACUCUACAUCUUGCCUCAAAGAAACUGCAAAAACGGAGGAGCCUAAGCAAGAGGGUGGUGGUUAUGGCGAGGAGAGCGACGUCCUAAGCAUAAACGCAGACGCUUAUGAUAGUGACAUAGAGGCACCCAAAGAGGAGCAGACCGUUAAAGCUGUGAAAGUGGCGUGCGGCAGCAGGGAAAGCGCUGAUCCCAUUGUAAACCCCGGCCCACCAAAUCCCGAACCUCCCACCGCCCCUCGAACUACGGAAGCCAAGAAAGACAUCCAAAGUGACAUAGACAAAAGCGUUUGUGAGAUUUUAGCGUUUUCGUCCACCUCGAGCAAAGAGGAAGCUAAAGAACAGAGUGCACCUCCGCAGCCAACAGACGUUUGUUUGCCCGCUGAAGGCGCAUCCGUUUCAAGCCGCACACCUUCAGUAUGUCAGCCGUCAAUUCAGCAACUGGAGCUCCUGGAGUUGGAAAUGAGGGCGAGGGCCAUCAAGGCUCUGAUGAAAGCAAGUGAUGGGAAAAAGCCUUGUGUAACGAAAAAUGUAUAGCCUGUUUUAUUUGUGUUAUGGUUUAUAGGCCUUUUAUAUAAUCAAUUUACUGCUUAAUAUAUUUUGUUUAUGCUUUACACUGUUGAAUGACACAAUUGACAAUGAUUUUCUGUCUUUAACCAUCCAAACCAUGUUGUGUUAUUACUCCAUAUUGGAAUGAUGUUACAGGCUGUUUAAUGCCAAAUUAAACCGAUAAAGGCCUGUCAUAUACCCACUGAGUGAACGUCGUCUGGGAUGAUUAACAUAAUGGUAUUUCCAGGUGUAUUUUUCUCUCUGGUCACUAGAUGGCAGUGUUUACCUGCCACAGUGCAUGUGUCUAAUCUGUGCAGAGGAGAGCGAGAGAUGAUUUAUUUGCCCACAUUACAGUCAAAAUGGCCAUGGCAGCGUGAAAGUCAAGUUCUAGUAAUGAUGUUAUUUAGUAAUGCACCAGGUUAUAAUGGAUCUCUGUUAGGCAUGGAGAACAAGAAAAAUUGUUCCCAUGGCAUUACAGACACAAUACAGAGAAACCCAAAAUUGAAAUAAAUCUGACUAUUAGACCAGCUGUCCUCGUCUAUACGUCAAAUUAAAGGACCUGCCAUUUUUAUCAACCAGAUUAAUUUUAAACUUUUUUUAUUUUUUUAUUUCUGUACCUCUACAUAGGGGCUAGAAUUAAUAACAUGCUCUCGCCUAUUAGUGUAAUGUUGCUGUAUUUAUUCGAAGCUGCUUUGUUCCUGUAAAAACUGUAAGGUUGCUGUGUGUGUGCAUGUGUGUGCGUGUGCGCACGCAAUUACAUGCAGAUGCAGAGCAAAACAGCUCUCUACCCCACCAGCCCAAAGGAGACAAUGAAAUGUACGAUAAGAAGCCAGUUGCCUCCUGGGUAUUUGCAUUUAAAAGGGCUCUUUCAUGGGAGGAAUGAGCGUGGGGAGGGUUAAAUGUGUCAUUCUCUAUGCUUUUAUGUGCAGGUAUCUUUGGUUCUCAUUGGAAAACGUCCACUUUAGCGCAAAAGGGGAUACAACAAUUCUAAAGUGCUCGUGGUGUCUGCGAUUGGUGAGUAUUUAUCGGUGUCAUUUUCCUGCUAUUAGAAUGCCAAUUAUGAUUUGGUGUGAGCAGAUAAAUGGCCUUUUAAGCAGACCUCAAAAUGAGUGGGCUGUAAAAUGGAUUGAUGGAGGUGAGGUGAUACUGUUUUGUUGGGGGAGUACUUUUUGAAUUCAGAUGAACCUUGUGAACCGUGUUGAAAUAUUGCAGUAUGAUGCUUCCAUGAAUGGUGCUAUUAUGAAAGUCAAAAACAAGGAUGUGCAAAAAAGUUCUUGUGCCCCACCGGUUCAUCUUCAAUAGCCGCACCUGUCAUUUUCCUUGGUAUUGUGACCAAGCCUCUGGUUAGUGAUGCUUAUUAUGCUAUUGUCCUCAAAAAAAUGUUUCAGGGCCGUUUAUCCUCUCGACUCAACUUUUUCUAUGCAACAAUCUGUCAAAACUUUAAGAGAUUCUAGCUUCUUUUUAGGAAGGACCCAUGAACAUAAUGUAAUCCCUCACUGUUUUUUAAUGUAACUGACUUCAGGUUCAAUACUUCUAGAAUGAAAAUAUCUCACUUUGAUGUUACCUCAGCUCUACUUCAGUCUAAUAAUGUAGCGUUCUUGACAUGCUAGCAUGUUAAAUGUUAGCAUGAACAUGUUUAGAAUGACAUGCUCACUGUAGUAUCCUGGCACAUUGAUGUAAUGCUGUAUUCCAGACCGGUCGAAACUGGGAAAUUUCCAAGUAAUCUUCUGACCUCAAAGCAUUUCAGUUCCAUGGUGGUGCAUCGCACUAAAUGUAAACAAUAAACAUGGCUGACCGUGACAAA